AUGCUUAUUUUCAGAAACACUAAUUCAACAAUCGUAUUGUCUGAUUCUGAAAAUAGUAAGACUCCCGACGUUCAGAUGUUUCCUUCUAUGACGAGCUUUGGCCGUAACCAGACUGCCGGUCCUGUAUUUGCAGCCGGUCCUUCUUCCGGAUAUCCGACCACUCCUUUCAAGAUGUCGUCCCCAUACUAUCAAGCCGAGUUAGAAAGUCAACGUCAGCAGCUGGUUCUGCCUGAUUCUCAUGAAUUUGUCAACGAUCUUGGUAGUUCCGACGAGCAACUGCGCUUUCACGCCCUUUCACAACUAAAUUCAAACUACGUUCCACCACUAAGUUCGAUAGCUCCUCAGUCUAUGAUGAAGUCUGCUGAUGAGUUUAGAUACGAACGUUCGAUGCCUUCUUUGUACGGACAAAAGACUGAAGGUUUUGACGAGUACUUUUCUGGUGGUGUAUAUAUCAACCCUAAUGAACGACCCACAAUGGAGGGUGGUGUUUCUGAUGCUAUGGAUUUGCUGGACACUCCUGAGGCUAUGGAUGAAGAUGAUGAAGAAGAGGACGACGAUGACGAUGAAGAAAACAUGUUUUAUGUUGAAGACGAUGACGAGGAUUUAUACAACGACAAUUAUUAUGGGGAAUCAGCCGCCCCCGGACUCGACCAUAGUCCUUAUGAUGCCACGAAUCUACUUAUUUCGAACCCCGUGGGUCCUUCAAUGCCUUUGGCCAUGCGAUUCCAACCUAUUUCGGAACCAGUUCAAGAGCAAGUCGGCGUUCUCACUGUGAACCCAGCCGAUUUGACCAAAAUGCCAGCACAAUCGUCUGAGGGUGAUCUGACAAAUCCCACGAUAGAUAGUUAUGACGAGUUUCUCGGUUCGUCGUCUGCAUCGUCUCCAUCUUCAUUAGCAUCUUUACAAUCGUCAUUCUCGUCAUCGGAUGAAGACUACGAUAGCAUUUACGAGCCCAGACGUUUGGACAAGAUCAUUCCCGAACCUCUUAGAGUGGAGUCUAUUAUUAGUCAUGAGAAUCACAACCACAACCUUGACCACAGCCAUAAUCAUCACCACCAAGACGACGGUCGUAGUUUCAACAGCCAUGUUCAACCUGUUGAGCGCGAGCAACCUCACGGACAACCACAACACAUCAUGACAUCCAGUGUGAGCCCCUCUGAGCUGAACAAUGUAUCCAGACACGAAAUGACAAAGACGAGGCGACACUCGGCCAAGAAGAACAACGACUUGACGCCGCCAUUCCGAUGUAACUUAGUGUCAUCGGAGUCUGGCAAGGAGUGCGGCAAGGUGUUCUCGCGAUCGUACGACCUGAUCCGACACAAGGAUACCAUUCACGCCAGCGUGCGAAAGACAUUCAAGUGCGACCAGUGCGGUGAAGCGUCACGAACCUUCAGCAGAAUGGACGCCCUCACCAGACACAUGCGCGUCAAACAUGCAUAG